GACCGACUAGUUGUUUGUACACACACAAUUUUGUACAAUACAUUUAUGAAAAUAGAGCAUGGAGAAAAUCAACGGUCGGUUCAUUUGUUUUAAGUUUACAAACGCAAUUCUUCUGAAUUUAUCUGAUUUCAGAAUGGCUGAAGCUCCCAUGGUCGCCGUCCUUUCUUAUGAAGCUGUGAUAAACUAUGCUCGGAAGGUGAGUGAAUUUCGAGGCCCAACUGAUGUUCAUUCUUUCGUCACAGCCCUGAAUCGAACUUUGAAUCUGGCUUAUGACGAAUUCAAAGACUCCAAGGAUACAGAGGAGUGCAGGUCUUUUCUGCAGGGAUGUUAUCGCCUGGCUGUCGUUCAAGACAGAGAUUUUAAGCGUAGAAUUCCUGUUGGAGGUGCUGAAGCGAUUAAAAAUGAACUGAUCCGUCUGAAUCAGAGCUGCAAGAAAGGCAUUAACUUACCAGUUGCUCAUAGGGCACUUCAAUUGGAAGUUAAGAAUGACAUGCUUUUCUGUUUGUUGAUCAGAGGCCAAGAUGGCGAUACUGAUACCAGAAGUAUGCUUGUGAAUGUUGGAAUGGAGGAUGAAGAGAAGAAUGGGAUUGUCAUUCCAGUUAUGACCCCAAAGCUCUUUCAAGCUUGUAUUUCAAUUCUCUGUGUCAUUCAUCAAUGUCACAGAAAUCUACCACCUGCUAAGCUUGGAGGCAAUGUGGUGAAGGCUUGUACAAUCAAAGCUUCUGAAGAAACAGAGGACAAUUGGGGUAUUCAUGCUCACUCAGGCUUGAAGUUUGUUGCCAAUUAUAUCCACCAUAUGAAGCCAGAAAGCCCUGCUAAGCCAAGGAUGCCAGCAAUUCAUCAUGUGCUGAUGAUUGCCUACAGGAUGGACCAAAGUUUUGAUGCUCAUUCAAAGACCCCAGCUUGGAAGAAAGGGAGAUUUUCAACACUGGAAAGUGUUUUUCAGUCCACUGGGAUGACAAAGGAAGAUAUGGAAUCCUGCAUCCGGCUCAUUGUUCCUAGACAAUGGGGAACACAGUUUGCAGGUCUGGAUCGUGCUCUGGAAAAGUUGGAGAAACCAUAGGCUGCUCAUUGUUGUUUUGAUAAGGAAUGUAAAGGUGCAAACAUAAGAGUUGCUCCUGUAAAUUCCAUAGUUGCUUUUUGUUUAAGUUUGUUUUAGUUUAAGUUUACUUCAUUUGCUUUUGUUUAAGAAAGAUUGUCCAAAAUAUUACCAUAUGACGAGUUUUUUUCCCAAACUAAGGCACUUCUAAACCUAUUUUCCAAACUAUGGUACUUUUAAACCUAUUUCCCAAAAUAGAGUAUUUUAUUGCCAUGUCACUCUACCUACC